UUUGCCAGCCUGUCACGGAAAACAGACAAUUUGGAUCCAAAAUGACGGACUCCAAGUAUUUCACCACUACUAAGAAAGGGGAGAUCUUUGAGCUCAAGGCAGAGUUGAACAGUGAUAAGAAAGAGAAGAAGAAGGAGGCGGUGAAAAAGGUCAUUGCAUCUAUGACAGUUGGAAAGGAUGUCAGCGCUUUGUUCCCAGAUGUUGUGAACUGCAUGCAGACAGACAACCUGGAGCUGAAGAAGCUGGUCUACCUCUACCUGAUGAACUAUGCCAAGAGUCAGCCUGAUAUGGCCAUCAUGGCUGUUAACACCUUCGUCAAGGAUUGUGAAGACCCGAACCCUCUUAUCCGUGCCUUGGCUGUGCGCACCAUGGGCUGUAUCCGUGUAGAUAAGAUCACAGAGUAUUUAUGUGAGCCACUGAGAAAAUGCCUGAAGGAUGAAGACCCUUAUGUGAGGAAGACAGCAGCUGUAUGUGUUGCAAAGCUCCAUGAUAUUAAUGCCCAGCUGGUGGAGGACCAGGGCUUCCUGGACACCCUUAAAGACCUCAUCUCUGACUCCAACCCCAUGGUGGUAGCGAAUGCAGUUGCAGCACUGUCUGAGAUAGCAGAGUCUCACCCCAACAGUAAUCUUUUGGACCUGAACCCUCAGUCCAUCAACAAGUUGCUGACUGCCCUUAAUGAAUGCACAGAGUGGGGACAGAUCUUUAUCCUAGACUGUCUGGCCAAUUACACGCCCCGGGAUGAUCGUGAGUCCCAAAGUAUUUGUGAGCGGGUGACUCCUCGACUGUCCCAUGCCAACUCUGCAGUGGUGUUGUCAGCAGUCAAAGUUCUAAUGAAAUUCAUGGAGAUGCUCCCUAAGGACUUGGACUACUAUGGUACACUCCUAAAGAAGUUGGCCCCUCCACUGGUCACCUUGUUGUCCGCUGAACCUGAGCUGCAAUAUGUGGCACUCAGGAACAUCAACCUCAUUGUACAGAAACGCCCAGAGAUCCUGAAACAUGAGAUGAAGGUUUUCUUCGUUAAGUACAAUGAUCCAAUCUAUGUCAAAUUGGAGAAGCUGGACAUCAUGAUUCGCCUUGCUUCUCAAGCUAACAUUGCUCAGGUGCUGGCAGAGCUGAAGGAGUAUGCCACAGAGGUGGAUGUGGACUUUGUACGUAAAGCGGUCCGAGCCAUUGGCCGCUGUGCCAUCAAAGUAGAGCAAUCAGCAGAGCGCUGUGUCAGCACCCUACUGGACCUCAUCCAGACUAAGGUCAACUACGUGGUGCAGGAGGCCAUUGUAGUCAUUAAGGACAUCUUCCGCAAGUACCCCAACAAGUAUGAGAGUGUGAUUGCAACUCUAUGUGAGAACCUGGACUCCCUGGAUGAGCCAGAGGCUCGGGCAGCCAUGAUUUGGAUUGUUGGGGAGUAUGCUGAGCGCAUCGAUAAUGCUGACGAGCUUCUGGAGAGCUUCCUGGAAGGUUUUCACGAUGAAAGCACUCAGGUGCAGCUGCAGUUACUAACAGCAAUAGUCAAGCUGUUUCUGAAGAAACCCACUGAAACACAGGAGUUGGUGCAGCAGGUGCUCAGUCUGGCUACACAGGACUCUGACAACCCAGACCUGAGGGACCGUGGGUACAUCUACUGGCGUCUGCUGUCCACGGAUCCUGUGGCUGCCAAAGAGGUGGUGCUGGCUGAGAAGCCCCUCAUCUCUGAGGAGACGGACCUGAUUGAGCCCACCCUUCUCGAGGAGCUCAUCUGUCACAUCGGCACGUUGGCCUCUGUCUACCACAAGCCCCCGAGUGCCUUUGUGGAGGGCAGCCGUGGGGUGCAGCACAAGAGACUCCCCACUCGUGCCGGAUCUGGAGAGAGCACAGAAAGCCCAGAUCCAGGCUCUGCUGCCGGGGUCUCUGAGCCCCCCCCUGCCGUCAUCCCAUCGCAGGGAGACCUCCUGGGAGACCUGCUCAAUCUGGACCUUACACCCCCUACCACCACUGGACAACCACCAGCCCCUGCUUCCGGCAUGCAGAUGGGGGCCAUGGAUCUUCUUGGAGGAGGCCUGGACAGCCUGCUUGGCGGAGACAUCGGAGGAAGUACUGCUAUGGGGGCUGGUUUUGGAGCUCCUCCUGCUGUAAUGCCAGCCUCUCUCAAUGCUCCUGUGGGUGGAGGUCUGGGUGACCUGUUUGACCUUGGAGGGGGAGUUGGUAUGCCAAUGGGAGCAUACAUUCCUCCUAAAACAGUGUGGCUGCCAGCCAUGAAGGCCAAGGGUCUGGAGAUUUCUGGCACCUUCGCCCGUCGUGCGGGAGUCAUCCAAAUGGAGAUGACCCUCACCAACAAGGCCAUGAGUGUCAUGACUGAUUUUGCCAUUCAGUUCAACAGAAACAGCUUUGGCCUGGCCCCGGCUGGUCCACUCCAGGUUCUCACACCCCUCAGCCCAAAUCAGACCAUUGAGGCCAGCCUUCCCCUCAACACUGUAGGGCCGGUCAUGAAGAUGGAACCCCUCAAUAACCUGCAGGUGGCUGUUAAGAACAACAUUGAUGUAUUCUACUUCAGCUGCCAGUACCCCAUCAGCAUGCUAUUUGUGGAGGACGGGAAGAUGGAGAGACAGGUUUUCUUGGCAACGUGGAAAGACAUUCCUAAUGAUAACGAAUCCCAGUUCCUGGUCAAAGACUGUCAUCUCAACUCAGAUGCGGCUUCCAACAAAUUGCAGGGCAGUAACAUCUUCACUAUAGCCAAGCGCACAGUGGAGGGCCAGGACAUGCUGUACCAGUCCAUGAAACUCAGCAAUGGCAUCUGGGUGCUGGCUGAGCUGAGGGUACAAACAGGAAAUCCAAACUACACGAUCUCUUUGAAAUGCAGAGCUCCAGAGGUGUCUCAGUAUGUUUUCCAGAGCUAUGAGGCAGUGCUGAAGAACUGAGUCCAACACAGAUUGGAGCUGAAGCUUAAGCAGCAAUCCAACUUCUGCCCUCAGCCUCCCAGACUUAUGUCCCCGUCCCCCUUUCCCCUCUCAAUCUGACCCACAGACCGCUGUACCACAGUAGUCAGCCCGGGGAUCCAAGUCUUGCUGUGUGUGGCUUGGAGACGUGAUUCCUCAUUUCCUCAAUGCACUCAGCUGCUUAAUCGGGACAUUUAAAUGUUUCUUGUCUGAUUCUGACACGUUGCCUAUCCAUUUUUCUAAGACUGCAGAGGUAUCUGGCUCACUUUGUUUGCUAGCUUUAUCCUGUGUCCAUCCUCUCUUUGUGAUCCCCCCCCCCUGUUUAUUAUGUCAUGCACACCUCACAAAAUCUGUCUUUAAAUAGGUCUGACGUAACGGCUAGCAUUUAAUCUCCUGCAUGAAUAAUUGCCAGCCCAGUGGUACCUCUGACCUUCCCUGCCUGAGCCAUCCUGUGGUGACCCUUUUUUAAGGUGUAUUCACCCAGUGCUUUUUGAAAAAGAGGACUGUUCCAUACACUUUCGUUAAAGUGACCGUCUUAUCUCUCUUUCAUGAUUGUCUGGCCCCCCACAUCUCUGUAAAUUCGUGUCUAUUUAUAUAGUGCCUGCAGUCAGCAGUUGAAGUACUAAUGUCAGCAUAUUUAUUUGGGAGGCCUCAAAUUAAAACAUUUAUGUGGCCUGUGUUUGCCCAUCUCCUGGUCUGUUCAAUCCCUUUGUGUCUAACCAGGAAGUAGACAUGCUAACCAGAUAGGAUGUCCAUCGCCAACUUAUUAGGUGCACCCCCCCAACCCUCCAUCCCUUUCAAAUUCAAGUAUGUCAGUUGGGGCCAAGGAAGAGACACUAAAAUACAUGGAAACCACGUCAAUAUCAACUUUGUCUUUUCCUCUAAUGCAGUUUCCUUUUAGUACGUGUGCUUAAUUCCCUCAUGCCGUUUGAUAUUCUGUUUAGGAUCAAUCUUUGUUGUCUUUCAGAUCCACGGCUGUCUCUGAGCAGAAUCUCUUUAGCGUGUAUGUAUGCAUAUGGGUUUGUGUUUUGUGUUUUAUUUUUUAUUUUUGUUUCAAUAUCUUGAGAGUAUAAGCAGAAGGAACUAUUGUGUACACAUGCAGCUCCAUUCUCUCCAGUUCAGUCAUUCCUUUGUUUUGUAGUUUGUGUUUGUACUGCAGUUAGAGAGUAAAUCCAGGCAGCUGGGUGAGAGCCACAGGUGUUUGAGGACAUCAUAUUUGCUGGGUGCUCUUCAUCAGUCAAAGAAACUUAGUCUCUCUGCUUGUCUGCUUUGGAUUCAAGCACCUCAGCUGCACAAGAUCAAGGCUUAGAGGUGAACUAACUGCACACUAUGAAGUGGUGGUUUUUGUUCUGCUCCUGAAAAGACAAUGUGGAGGUAGCGCAUAUCAUGUCUAUCUUUAUACAAGGAGCACUUGAACAACAGUCAGUAACCUGUUUUACCUACUGUCUCCAAAACUGAAUCGGUUGCUUUCAUUAGCGUUAUUCGACUGAAGUCUUUGACCAGCUCCACAAGAUGUAUAUGCACUUACUCGAACACCUUUUUAGAGAUGAGAGUGGAGUUUGUGUGCGUUUUUGUGUGUUUGCGUGUGCUUGUGUUUGGGUGGUGGCUGACUCGUUA